AAAUGGAAUCAAUCAGAGCCUCUUCUUCCUCUUGCCAUGUUUUCAAGAACAACAAUUAACCAUCAUCCUUUGAAAAUCCACCCCCACUUGCUCCUAAACCAUUCAUUACAACACAUCACAAGUUGCUUUUUUCAGUCAUGGCUGGUGUGAACACUCUCCCAGUAGAAGGGUGGAAGCUUUUUCCUUCUUCUGCUAUGGAGAUUGCUCUUGACAGUGACGAUGGAAGGAGUGAGAACAUGGAGGUCCACAACACCAUAACUGAUGAUUCCUCUAUGCAUUUCUCUGCUACCAGGCCAGUGCCAUCAUCUGGACCCAUCAAAGUGAUUCCUAAUCCAACCAAGUUUACCAUCCUCUAUAAGGGGAACAUGUGUGUUUAUGAAGGAAUUCCUGCAGAAAAGGUGCGUGAAAUAAUGUUGAUUGCUUCUGUCUCUGCUAAGUCUGCUGAAAUGAAGAGUGGGGUCCCUUGGACUUCACUCAUUUCAAAAAGUGCUUCUUCUCUUCUGGGAAACUCUACUGAUUCUGCAAAGAAGAGUUCCAUUCGAAGGCUGCAAGAUGAAUUUCCUCUUGCACGCAGACAAUCACUUCAAAGGUUUCUUGAGAAGCGAAGAAACAGGUUGGCUAACAAAGCACCUUACAUUUCAACUAAAAACUUGGCUCACAGCAUAGAGAACAACUUCUGCACUGAAAUGUCACAUUUUGGUUCCUUGAACUAUCCGAAGAGGAAUUUCAACCCGGUGUUGCCGCCUCUUUAAGGCAACAUGUGUUGGUUCUGCUCUAUGCAGGUAGAAACAAACAAAGAAACUAAUAUAACUAUGUUACUUUCUCGAGAACAUAUUUUGUGCCUGAUUAAUGAACUUGAAUCUGUCAAGUAUGACUUCAAAAGUUGGAUCAGUUUGGUUAUAAUGCCUAGAAAAUGUUUAUUAUGCGAAGAAAACCUGGGUUUUAAAUGUUACUGGUGGACCUUAUAAUG